GCCAUUUUGGCUCAAGGAGCUCUACGAGGUCCCCGGCGGUGACCACGUUGCUGCUGUCCCUCCUCGGGCUCUCGGCGGCGACCUGGCCCGUCAGAGGCCUCCUCGAGCGGCAUUGUGCCGUGCCUGGUGUUUGUUCUCUUUACCGUGCACGGUGCUUCAGUGUCUGUUUUGCCUGAGUACCGUACACUCUCAUUGAUUGUUGGAGUACGAUACACUUCAUUGAUUGACGAAGGCCUGUCCACGCCCAUUGUCGUCGGAGUGCACAUUGCUGUUGAGAUUGUCGGAGUAUCGUUGGAACAGCAUUUUCCUUGGUUAUCUCAACUGUCCGUCUAGUUAUUGCUCAUUAUUUGCCUUCUUCUUGUUGAGCGAGUCCACGUUUUAUAUAUGGAGUUUGUUUCAUCUGAAUUGUCAGGCGCGGAUUUUGUUGCUUCAGAUUGGACAGAUACGGCGUUGUAUACUUCCGAGUUUCUCGCCUGCUUGUCUGCUCGUUUGUCUACGGUCGAAGUGUGUGUUCGUGAUCUAUAUUGCCGUGUUCGCCCUUCGUACGGAGGUGAGUCUCGCCUGCAUGAGCGAGACCAGCUGUAUGGGCAUGGUGUCAAAGUUUCUCAAUCGAAGUUGCGCCGCCUGCGGGCAAAACGUGUCAGGUAUCGUUUGUGGUCCACGGCUCGGGGGCCAGAUCCGUCGUGCCUUGUUCGCGCGGGCAUUUGCGCGCCCAGAUAUUAUCGGAAUUUCUGCUCGGACGAUUCUGAGGAAGAGGAAUGGGUUGAGGACACUUGUGGAACACAGACUGAUAUGGAUGCUGUUGAAUUGGCUGGCAACUCUUUGCGUUCGCAGUGUUCCGAUUGUGGGACUCAGACAGAUCCCUGUGUGCACAUUGCGUGUGGGACUCAGACUGAUCUUUGUGCUCUCUUUGUUGGUGAGGAGGAGAAGGAGGAGUGUCAUCGAGUGCGCGCUGAUCAGGGUGAUGCUUCUGCAGUUGGGAGUUCCAGUGCAGUCGGGAGUUCCAAAGUUCGGAGUGCAGUGGGAAGUUCCACAGUUCGGAGUUCCGCUGAUGCAGUUGUUGAUGCAGUUGGGAGUUCAACAGCUGGGAGUUCUGCAGUUGGGAGUACCGUGGUUUGGAGUUCGGCUGAUGCAGUAGGGAGUUCUAUGACUGGGAGUUCUGCUGUUGCAGUUGGGAGUUCAACGGAGGCUGACCACAGGAUUCGGUCAGAUUCUGUGGUUGGGAGUUCUGCAGUUGCGGAGAUGGAGCUGGUGGGGGUGGCGGAGGAGGAUUAUGUUCAUGAAGUUUCCACGGCAGUUGCUAAGAUGGACUUGCAGGAGAAGGAGGUGAUGGAAGAGGAUGAGGAUGACUUGCAGCACAAUCAAGCACCUGACGUAAUGGUUGAUGUUGAAACAGCAGUGGAGCUCGUGCCAACAAACCGGCGGAUCAGAAAAUAUUGCUUUGAACGGCCGAUUGUUACGGACAGGCAGGCUAUUGCCUCCGCCUGGCAACAGUGGCAAUGUGGUUUGGAUCCCGAGGCGCUCUGUAGCAGUGCUCCAGACAGUAAACCUCUUAUAUACACGGACCCCCACACAUUCCAAGCGUUGAAUAUGCUUCAACGUCUUCUGGGCAGUGGCUACUCCCAUGCGGAUAUCUCGUACUUUGAGGGCUGUCUGGUUGCAGCGGGCUGGGAUGAGGAGCUCGGUGUAAACUCCGUUUCCUGUAUAGAGUCACUUCCGCGGGGAUGUGGUGGACGGUGGAGGAGUUGCUGCAAAAAUCGGGCCACGGUGUGGCAUGCUUUGCAGUGCAGCGAGGUCUGGGAUGGUGCUUUCCACGAUGAAGAGCUCAUGCGUGAUUUUCUUGAGUCGGUCGUUUCUCGUCUAAGACGUGAUGGGCCGAGGAUCUGGGAAGACGUUCGGCAAAGUUAGAUGCGCUGACUGGUCUCAUGAGAGGAUUGGGGCAGCUCCUAUCGGGGCAGGUGCAUAGGCCACUUGCUUUGAUUGUACUCGCUGAUUUUCACUUUGUUUCAUUUUCUUACCUGCAUUCUGACCUUUAAUCUCUUGUACAUUCUCAGUGGUGUUGAGACGGUAAUCGCUGUAUAAACCAGUGGUUACUGUAUGGUCUCUCACUGCUUCUAUUCCUCUUUACAUUUUUAGUUGUUUUCGCGUAUACUUGCAGUCUUGUGCAUAUCUGUACAGCUUCGCUGUUGAUGCACCUCUGCUUUAAUCUUUGCAGCUUCGCUGCUUAGGUUCUUUGUGUUUAGGCCUGCUCCCAUGGGAGCUCGAACCGGCCUUCGAAAAAGACGCAAAAGACCAGGUUGACGGUUCACCGCCGGCGCCAGUUCCGGGGCGGUGGAGGGCUAGUUGGCAAG